ACUUAUCCUUGUUGAGCAAUUUUAUGAUAAGCUUCUUUCUAGCAAGUGACCAUGACAUGCACGGGGCCUCAUCAUUUCAGAACUCCGCACUCUUAUCAAGAUUCAGAAAAAGAUGCGCUACACGACAACCCGUGAACUACGGAGGGACACAUGCAGACUCUGUUGAUGCUCAUUUCAACAAUAAUAAUCAACAACUAUACCACAACGACUCCUAGACAACUGGAAUAGACAAAGAAGACACUAGUUUGUAAGCAGCAGCAGAAAUAGACCCAAUUGGAAACAGUGCCCUGUUACAUAUAAACAUGAUGCGGUUGGACAGUUGUAGUUCGGCACCCAGCUCCUCCGAGAGCGACCUGCACGGCGACUCACUGGGAGAUCUUUCGGACUCCAGUGUGGAUAGGGAGCGGUCCUUCUUGUCCCGCCUGCCGCGCAGACACCGCCGACAGUCCGCCACUUCCGUGUCGACGAACCCCGGGGAGGACGCGUACGUGAUGGUGCUACAGAACCGGCAGGGUCUAUGUGACGAUCUCCGCUCAAUCGUGACGUCGAGGGACGUGUGUGACGUCACAUUUCUCGUGGGCGAGGAACGCAAACCUGUGCACGGCGUCCGGGCCGUCAUCGCCACGCGCAGCAAACUCCUGUACGAUCUUAUAGUUUCUCACGAAAAGAACAGAAACAAAGAUUCCAAGAGGCACUGUUCCCGAGUGAAACGAACACUUUAUAAACUGAACUGCGCCAGUAGCAGACGACACUUGAUGAAAACGUCCAGUACGAGGCUGACGAUUCCAAUGACGUCAUUUGACCCAGAAUCCUUUCAGAAACUUCUAAAUUACAUUCACAGCGGCACACUGUCCGUAGACGCCCGCACAGUCAUAGGAUUGCUGAACGCCGCCUACAUGUUCGGCUUUCCGGAGCUACGUCAAGCAUGUUGGGAUUUCGCACUCGGCUGCACUGCACGUGCCGACAACUUGAGUGAUCUGCUUGCAUCUGCUAAGAUGUACCAUAACCACAAGAUGACUAUCUUACUUUUAAAAACGAUAAAGAACUUUACAGAAGUGUUUCCAGAGAUUAAAAAUCAAAUAGAUGUGGUUGACAACAUUCUGCAGAAUAAUGCUGAAACUGAAGUGAUUCAGGGAAUACUGGAACUGAAGUGAUUCAGGGAAUGCUGAAACUAAAGUGAUUCCUGGAAUACUGGAACCGAAGUGAUUCAAGAAAUACAUAAGCAGCGGUACUAAGAAGAUUGAGUGGCGUCAUCAACUUAUAGUGUGAGUGGGUGGUGUUUGGCCAUUGACGCCGGAUCCUUAGGGUGAGUGAUGCGUGGUGUUUAGUCAUUGACGCCGGAUCCUUAGUGUGAGUGGAUGGUGUUUGGCCAUUGACGCCGGAUCCUUAGUGUGAGUGAUGCGUGGUGUUUAGUCAUAGACGUAGGAUCCUUAGUGUGAGUGGGUGGUGUUUGGCAAUUGACGCCGGAUCAUUAGUGUGAGUGAUGCGUGGUGUUAAGUCAUUGACGCCGGAUCCUUAGUGUGAGUGAUGCGUGGUGUUUAGUCAUAGACGCCGGAUCCUUAGUAUGAAUGAUGCGUGGUGUUUAGUCAUUGACGCCGGAUCCUUAGUAUGAAUGAUGCGUGGUGUUUAGUCAUUGACGCCGGAUCCUUAGUGUGAGUGAUGCGUGGUGUUUAGUCAUAGACGCCGGAUCCUUAGUAUGAAUGAUGCAUGGUGUUUAGUCAUUGACGCCGGAUCCUUAGUGUGAGUGAUGCGUGGUGUUUAGCCAUGGACGCUGGAUCAUUAGUGUGAGUGAUGGGUGGUGUUUAGCCAUUGACGUUUGAUCAUUAGUGUGAGUGAUGCGUGGUGUUUAGCCAUGGACGCUGGAUCAUUAGUGUGAGUGAUGCGUUGUGUUUCGUCAUUGACGCUGGAUCCUUCGUGUGAGUGAUGCGUGGUGUUUAGCCAUUGACGCUGUAUCAUUACUGUAAGUGAUGGGUGGUGUUUGGCCAUUGACGCUGAGAUGUGCGAUGGUCCACCACGGUUUACAACUGACUCUGUGAUACUCCAGUGAAGGAGUGAGGUCUGUGAUAUGUGUUGGACAUGAGGCCAUGAUGGGUUUAAGGCUGUGUUCAUGGAUGGAAUCUGCAUUCCUUCCGUGUGGACAUGUGUGCAAUUGUAGUCUUGUAUGUUUUUAUGUGUAUAGUUUAUUAUGUAAUUAGAUACUGUUAUUUGAUUGCUGUACAUAAUUUUCAUAAAUUGAAUAUAACCAUUACCCGUAGUGUUAGUCAAAACAGUUUACAUGCAUCAUCACUAUUGUACAUUGCUUAUGUUUUUAUACUUAUCUUUUUAUUAAAACUAUUAACGUUUUAUACAAGUGACACAUUUAUACAGUGACAAUACAUAUAUAUAUAUAUAUAUCAG